AUGGUAAACCCCUCAGGCAAAAUUAACAUAUUAUCGCCCGAGGGUGCUGGCAUCUCCCCGCAGCCUAAAGGUUUUGAGCCCAUGAAGACCCCUCAGGACAUCGAAGGCGGUGCACUUCGUGCCGGCGGUGCCAUAAACGUCUGGAGCCGCGAGUACAUCGGUAUCGUUGUGCAGUACGCUGCUGUGGGUAUGAUCUACGGUACUCUACCCGGCACCGUCUACCCUUUCCUUUUCAACUACUUGAACAUGGAAAGCACCCAGGUGGUGUCGGCCACCGUGCUGCUCAACCUGCCGUGGUCAUUCAAGCUCUUCUACGGUAUCAUUACGGACUGUGUGCCGAUCAUGGGUUAUCGUCGUCGUCCGUUCAUGAUCAUCGGUUGGACUCUGUGCUUCAUCAUGCUGCUAGUGAUGGCGUGCAUGAAGGCCGGAGACCCGUACUACCCAGAGUACGCCUACGCUUCGAUGAACGUCACCACAUUGUCGCCCGAGAUCGUCGCCUCCUUCAACACGGACGCACCCUCCACUGGCAGCAAGUUCAUCGUUCUCAUGAUGCUUGCUGCUAUCGGUUAUGUUGGUGCUGACGUUGCUGCUGACGCCAUGAUGGUUGAAUUUGCCCAGCGGGAGUUCGAAGCUACGCGUGGUUACACUCAGACUACGAUCUACAUGGUCCGCACUGUGUUUGUGACUAUCUCCAGCAUUUUGACUGGUUUCGCGUUCAACGGCACUCACUAUGGUGGUGAUUUCGACUUCUCAUUGAGCUUCCCACAGCUCAUGAUCAUUCUUACUGUCGCGUGUCUACCCGUUAUGCCUCUCACGUGGUAUUUCAUUAAAGAGGAGAAGCAUGAGGGUAUGGUGUUUAGUACCUACCUAAAGGAGCUUUGGAUCCUCAUUCAGACGCGUCCGAUGUACCAGGUCAUUGCGUACAAGUUCUUCUCCGGCAUUUUCGAAAGCUUCACGAUCACUUCGUCGUCGGCCAUGCAGGACUACUGGGCUGGCGUCACGCCGCUAAACGAGAAAACUCUUGCCAUUAUUGGUAACGGCAUCUUCGCUCUUACCCUCUACUGCAAGGGCAAGUAUGGUCUCCACUGGAACUGGCGGUGGAUGCACGCCACUAUGAUCGUUGCUGUGACUGUGUUGGACUCUCUUGUGACGCUCCUCACAACGUGGGAUGUCAUUCGUAACCAGUGGUUCUGGCUGGGUGUUCCGGUCGUGGAAAACCUUCCGAGUGGUUUGGCUUUUGUCAUUGGAACGUACGUGGUCGUGGAGCUGGCUGAGGACGGCAAUGAGGGUGUACGCACCAUCACUAAGAAUGUGGACAGUGCAUUCGAUGUAGCCAACGCAGAUAUUGCCAGUGACACUACUCACGUGCGUUGGGAAGUCACCUACAUUCUCAUCAUUCGCUAUGCCAUCAAUCUGGCCGGUCUGCUCUUCCUCCCACUGCUGCCCAAGCAGAAGGCCGAGACCAAUGAAUUCAAGCGCAACGGGGGCUCAAGCCGCAUUCUUGGUUUGAUGACAAUCGCCUACUUCGCCUUUGCCCUCGUGUUCUCCACUAUGGUCAACAUCAUGUCCAUCUUCCCGUCAACCUCGUGUCUGCGUAUUGCUGGAGGAACCGGCUGCUAA